AUGGAUUUGGUGUUGCGACGUGGCCCUUGGUCAUUCAAUGACUGGAUGAUCACGACACACCGCUGGUACCCUAACAUUGGUGAAAACGACAUGAAGAUCAUUCCUUUUUGGGUGCAAAUCCAAGGUAUCCCAACUCUCUAUUUAACGAAUGUUACGACUAGAUGGGUUGGCAAUAGGAUUGGAUAUGUUACGGAUGUAGAUUAUGAUGAGAAUGUCAACCAAGUGAGAGCGGUUAGAGUUAGGAUAGCCAGGAACAUUGAUGAUCCUCUACGUUUUCAAAAGAACAUAAAUUUUGCUCUUGAUGAAAACACUGUGAUUAAGUAUCGAUAUGAGCGACUUAGAAACUUCUGUACUAAGUGUGGAUCACUGAAACACGAUGCAAAAGAAUGUUCUUUAACCUUUGACAAUAAUGAUCCACCGGGGCCUGAUGAUGAUCGACAAUUUGAUGUCUGA